UUGAUUAAGUUCUCCUUAAUUCUGGAGACUACCUUUCUGUGUAAAUGCAGCUGAAUCUUCCAUUCCUGUUUUUUCUCAGGUUGUUAUUUCGGGUCCCCCCCCCCCCGCAUCCUUGCAGGAAGUCUGAGGUAAAAUAAGGCUGCAGCCACGGGGGCCGUAAUUGCCAUGGGGAGAGCCUGCACUCCUGCUGUGUUUCCCGGAUGGGGAUAGACUUGUGCCUCCCCUUCAGCCCUUCAUGUGUGCCUGACUGAGUGGCGAAGAGUGACGUGCCCCGCUCCCACCAGGGCCCGCUCUGAUUCAUGCCGGGAGGCCUUCUCCAGCCAUGCUGAAGCAGAUCCUGUCAGACAUGUAUGUGGACCCAGAGCUCCUGGCUGAGCUCAGCGAGGAGCAAAAGCAGAUCUUGUUCUUCAAGAUGAGGCAGGAGCAGGUCAGAAGGUGGAAAGAGAGAGAAGCCGUGGCUACUGCCCUGAAGCCAACACUGAAGGAAGACCAUGGAAAAUCUGUGCAAUGGAAGCUUGGUGCAGAUGGUGAUGUCUGGGUAUGGGUAAUGGGAGAACACAUACUGGAUAAACCAUAUGACCUUCUGUGUAGUGAAAUUCUUGCUGAAAGAGUAAGGCAGCAGUCACUUCAGCAAGCAGAGGCAAUAAGAACCCCAGUGGAAAGAGUCACAGAGGGUUCAAUACCAUCUCCUCCACAGUUUCUAUCAGGCCCCCAACCUGGAUCUGAGAUACUGCAAGGCAGUAAAACCUUUGUGAAAAGAGAUGCACCCAAGAGAGUGGAAAACACAGCAGCUGUUGGAAAUCACAGAAAUCUAGAAUAUGUCCAGGCUUCUGUGACUAAACUGAGAGGUGUGGAACAGAUAUUGGUAAACUGUAGCCCUAAUUCAAGCAGAUAUAGUUUUCAGCAUAACAGAGAAAUGCCAAUGAAGACAACCAUCACUGAGACCAGAGCAGCAGAAGAAAUAACUCUAGAUCAUACUGCUGAAUCAAAUCAAAAACUGGACAAAGAAGAUCCUGAUUGGCUGGAAUCUUUACGGAGGUCCAAAGCAGCAGAUGAAAGGCGACGAUCCCUUGCCAAGCAUGCACGAGAUGACUACAAGAGGCUGUCAUUACAGGGCAUCCACAAAGGCAAAACAGCUGAUGUUUCCAAGGCCUUUAAGAGAGGGGAGCAAAGAAAGCCGCUUCCCCCACCUCUGCCACCAAAGCCUAAAAACCUCACAGCCAAAAGAGCUAAUGGGAAACCAGACAGAAAACAGACAUUACAAAGAUCUAUCUCCAGUUCUACUCAGGAGAAUAUCAUUCAGUGGUUUAAAGAAGAGCAGUUCAAUCUCCGAGCCGGCUUUGAGAAAUCAACAGAUCAGAUAGCACCUUGGUUCCAUGGUACGGGUAUUGACCUGUCUCAGUCAAAGGGUAUUUUAACCACCAAAAGAGCAGAAGAACUUUUAGAGGGUUUGGCACCUGGAAGCUUUCUCAUCCGGGUCAGUGAAAAGAUCAAAGGCUACGUUCUCUCAUAUUUGUCAGCAGAGGGCUGCAAACAUUUCCUGAUAGAUGCUUCUGGAGAUUCGUAUAGCUUCCUUGGUGUCGACCAACUGCAACAUUCAACAUUAGCUGACCUGGUUGAUUAUCACAAGGAUGAGCCCAUCACAUCUUUGGGGAAGGAACUCCUUCAUUACCCCUGUGGACAACAAGGACUGUUACCUGAUUAUCUCGAUCUUUUUGAGUGAUAUUUGGUCCGCUCCACCAUAUGGAGGAAGCUAAUGGAAUGGGCAAGUGCCGACAUGGAGCCAGAACCCUUUAGUUAUUACAACAGUUGCUUAACUGCAAAACUAUGAUACAAGUAUGUUUGAAUAACAAUAAAUAAAUACAACCAAGCAAAAAAGAAAUAGGAAUCAAAAUCCUAAAGAAAGCAGCAAAAGAAUAAAACCACCAUGAUAGGCAAUUGUGGUAAUAAACUUCCUUU